AUGAAGUUCCUGGCCCCUCUUGCGCUGAGCGCAACCGCUCUGGCUGCGGUGAUCCCCCAAGAACAAGAACCAAUGGGCCCUUCGCUGGUCCAGCACACACGUCAAUCCAAGUCACUGGUCGAGCUGUCCCCGUCCCAAGUCCGAUGGGUGACUGACGAGGAGAAAUGGGCGCUGAAAUUGGACGGAGUGAACUUUAUCGAUGUCACCGAGGAAUACCAAUCUGGAAGCUAUGGAAAGGUCCAAGCGAGCAACACUGUGCGAUACCCCGCGCAGAUGAAGCACGUAUCGGAAAUCUCCCCGCUGGCCAAGGAGCUCUCCACGGACAACAUGAAGGCCAAUUUGCAGCAUUUUACUUCUUUCCACACCCGCUAUUACAAAUCUUCGACCGGAAUCGAGUCAGCUACCUGGCUCUUCGAUCAGGUGGCGGCCGUACUCCAGGAGUCUGGCGCCAGCUUGUACGGAGCGACCGUGCAACGAUUCGAUCACCCUUGGGGCCAAUUCAGCAUUAUCGCGCGCAUUCCUGGAGAAACCAAAAAGACUGUGGUGUUGGGCGCCCACCAGGACAGCAUCAACCUGUUCCUUCCAUCCAUCCUGGCUGCGCCAGGGGCAGAUGACGAUGGCAGUGGAACGGUCACGAUCCUGGAAACUUUGCGGGCCCUGCUGCGGUCCCAGAAGAUCGUGCAGGGCAAUGCUAAAAACACGAUCGAGUUCCACUGGUACUCGGCGGAGGAAGGAGGCUUGCUGGGUUCUCAGGCCAUCUUCUCCAAGUACAAGAAAAAUUCCCAGGACGUGAAGGCCAUGCUGCAGCAGGACAUGACCGGUUACGUCCAGGGAACUUUGGAUGCUGGCCGUCCCGAGUCUGUCGGUGUCAUUGUUGACUACGUUGACCAGGGAUUGACGCAGUUCAUCAAGGAGGUGAUCACUACUUACUGUGAUGUCCCCUAUGUUGAGACCAAGUGUGGCUACGCCUGUUCGGACCAUGCCUCUGCCAGUCGAUACGGGUACCCCUCGGCAUUUGUGAUUGAGUCGCAAUUUGAGCAUUCCGACAAGAAGAUCCACACCACCGAAGACAAGAUCGAGUAUCUCAGCUUCGAGCACAUGCUGCAACACGCGAAGAUGAGCCUGGCAUUUGCCUACGAGUUAGCAUUCGCCUCCUUUUGA